CUGGAGGCGGAGAGGGAAUGAUGAAGGACAACGGUGGGCUGGAUCAGAGCAGGCAGAGCUGCUAGGCAGGGCUCACUGUGUUGACAGGGGACUGAGGCUAGGUUGCAUGCUGCUGGGGAUGAUCCCUGGUUGUGAGUACUGAUCAUACUCUACUGGGAGUGAGAGGGGGCUGGGCAAGAGGAGGUGGAAGAGGAGGAGGAAAAAGAGCAGGGAGAGGGAGAGACUGCCGCCGUUCAUUGGGAGGCAGCGGCAAGGGAAUGAAGCGGCUUUUGUCUGGACUGAGGGAGGGCAGAAGACCUGCGUGGAUUGGAGGAAUAUUAGAGUGCAUCUCUGCUUGUCUGUCUGUCGACAUCCUGUCUGGAAUUAACACACUGCCACCAGGUUAGAUGUGCGUUGAGGGUAUGACUGAAAGAGCGGACGCAGGUCUGUGCUACAGCGUGUGUAUUUUUGUCAGCGCUCCAGCUGUGUUGUAUUCAUGGUUGUCUGAGAGGUGGGAACUGCUUCUUGGCUGUGUGGAUCUGGUGCCACCUCUUAUACCAUGCAGAGAGCUGGGCCAGCGGCCACUUCUUUAACCCUACUGCUUUUACACUGCUGCUGCCACCUUUGCCACUGUCUGGGUAUCCCGAAACUGUCCUCCUAUGCGAGAACAGAGGACAAACUGUUCAAGAACCUCUUCAGAAACUACCAGAAAUGGGUGAGGCCUGUGGAGUACCUGAACGGUACAGUGCAGGUCAAAUUUGGACUGGCCAUCUCCCAACUAGUGGACGUGGAUGAGAAGAAUCAGUUGAUGACAACCAAUGUGUGGAUGAAACAGGAAUGGGUGGACAUGAAGCUACGCUGGAACCCUGAUGACUACCUGGGCAUCACUACCAUCAGAGUCCCCUCCGACUCCAUCUGGAUUCCAGACAUUGUGCUUUAUGACAAUGCUGAUGGGCGUUUUGAGGGAUCCAUCACCAAAGCUGUGGUCAAGUAUGAUGGCACCAUCAUCUGGACACCACCAGCUAACUACAAGUCAGCCUGCAUUAUCGAUGUCACCUUCUUCCCCUUUGACCUCCAGAAUUGCUCCAUGAAGUUUGGUUCCUGGACCUACGAUGGCUCGCAGGUGGACAUCUUCCUGGAGGACUUCCACGUGGACAAGAGGGACUACUUUGACAACGGUGAAUGGGAGAUAGUGAAAGCCACCGGCAGCCGUGGUCUGAGGACAGACGGUUCCUGCCGCUUCCCCUUCAUCACCUACUCCUUCAUCAUCCGCAGACUGCCGCUGUUCUACACCCUGUUCCUCAUAAUCCCAUGUAUUGGCCUUUCAUUCCUCACCAUCCUGGUCUUCUACCUGCCCUCCAACGGCGGUGAGAAGAUCUCCCUUUGCACCUCGGUGCUGGUGUCCCUCACCGUCUUCCUCCUGGUGAUCGAGGAGAUUAUCCCGUCCUCCUCCAAGGUCAUCCCGCUGAUCGGGGAGUACCUGGUGUUCACCAUGAUCUUCGUCACGCUGUCCAUCGUCAUCACCGUCUUCGCCAUCAACAUCCACCACCGCUCCUCGUCCACCCACCAUGGCAUGGCUCCCUGGGUACGGCGUAUCUUCCUGCACCGGCUGCCCAAGCUGCUGUGCAUGCGCAGUCACGCGGACCGCUACGCCGCCCCCGGUUGUGCCAGGACAGGACUGGCAGGGAGAGAGGGGGCAGUAGGGGGCAUUAAGAAAGGCUCUACACCGGACACCUCCCCUCUACUCUCCUCUAGGAAUAACCUGCGGGCGGCCCUGGACUCUAUCCGCUACAUCACUAUGCAUGUGGUCAAGGAGAAUGAGGUCAGAGAGGUGGUGCAGGACUGGAAGUUUGUAGCCCAGGUCCUGGACCGUGUGUUCCUGUGGGCCUUCCUCCUUGUUUCAGUACUGGGCUCUGCCCUGCUCUUCAUACCUGUUAUUUACAAGUGGGCUAACAUCAUCGUCCCCAGCCAUACCGGUGGCAUCGGAUGAGACUGAGUUGUUCACAGAGCAUAACAAAUUCACAGACACUGACUGAAUGAUGGGAUUUUUAUCUUUAUCUUGCUGUAUCGGUUUAUAGGUUAAAACAACAUACAUUUGAUUCACAUAAAGAAAUAUCUAACAAUGUAUACCUAUUAAUAAAAAUCUG